AUGACGCGGAGGGAUUUCCCCGACGGUGUCGCGCGGAUAUCUCUCAAGCGCGCGACGCCGAGCGAGGUGCGACGCGAGAAGGAAGCCUACGAGGCGGCGAAGAAGCGCGAGGAGGCGCUGUCAGAGGGAUUUACGCUCGCGCUUCGGACGUUGGCGAGGAGCGGCGCUCCCGCCGUCGGCCACAACGCGAUGCUCGACGUCGUGUUCACGAUGGACAAGUUCCUCGCGGCGGAGCCCGGGGGUCUCGACGGCACGUAUCGCGGAUUCAAGGCGUCGCUCGCGAGCGCGCUCGCGGGCGCGCUGUACGACACGAAGCUCAUCGCCGCCGGGUUCGCGCCGGUGAUCGCAGCGGUGGCGGGGGAGAGCGGCGCGAGCGUGGACACGGGGUUGGGUCCGCUGUACGAGCGCCUCACGCGCGCGUCCGUGCCGAAGAUGUUAUCCUCCGGGAAUAAUAAUAACGCACAAGCGACGACGGUUAUAGACAUUAAAACGAAAAACGGAAACGGAAACGAAAACGGCAAGGGGAAGGCGAAGGCGGUCGGCGGCGGGAAGAAAAACGAAACCAAAGCCAAAACCAAAACCAAAACCAAAAACGCGCGGGCGGACGCCGCGGGCGCGUGCGCGCCGUUCCGACGGUCCGGCGAGAGCGUCCUGGAUUGGAUCGCGUUCCCCGAGUCGUUCACGCGGUACGACGCCGCGCUCCACGCGAACGCGAGCGGCGACGUCGUCGACGACGACGACGCGACGGACGGCGGCGGCGGGUGCAUGGCGUUCGCGCACGAGGCUGGAUACGACGCGUUCAUGACCGGGGUGUGUUUCCUCACGAUGACCGUCCACGGCCGGGCGCUCGUGGACGCGGACGGGGACGGAUGGAUUUCCAUCUUCCACGGCGACGGCGACGCGGAGGCGGAGGCGGAGGCGGUCGCCGCGAGACCGCCGCUCUCGCGAACGUCCGUCGGGCUCCUCGGGAACGUCCCGUUCGCCGCCGCGGAUGGCGCGGUGCCGACGCAACGCUCAGGCGCGUUCUAUACACUGGUCCCCAUACGACCGCAUCUCUCGCGCAUGCAACUCAUCGGCCCGGACCCGCCGCCGCCGGACCGAAGCGGCGUCUUGUUCCUCACCGACGUCGCGCCGCGGACGUCCGUCGGGACGAUCGCGCAGCGGUUCGCCGCCGCGGGUCUCGCCGUGCCGCUGCAGGUGGUCUUCAUCGGGCGCGGGGUGUGUCGCGUGGUGACGUCGAAGUCCGACGGCGGCGCGGCGGCGGCGCGAGAGAAGCUGCGAGCGAUCGGCCUCGGCGCGGAGAUGCUGACGUUGGAGGAGUACAGGGCGCGGCAGGCGAUGGACAGGGCGACCGCGGCGGCGGCGACCGCGGCGCUCGCCGCCGCGGAGGCGCGCGCGCUCGCGGAGGAGGCCGCGGGCGUCGCCGCCGCCGGCGGCGGCGGCGGCGGCGGCGGCGGCGCGGGGGCGAAGAGGAAGCGAGAGGACGGCGGGGAACGGCGGACGCGCGCGCGCACCGUCGCGGAGUCGUGCGUCGUCAUGUGA